AAUUUUUGCAUUAUUACACCGUACGAUGCCCAAAGAGCUGCCAUAGAGAGAGAACUGAAGAACCUUAACCUUCCAUGGGAGAGAGUUUUCAAUGUCGAUAGCUUUCAAGGAAACGAAGCAGAUAUCGUCCUGGUCUCUGUUGUCCGAUGCAAGGAGCCCGGGUUCCUACGCUCUGACCAGCGAAUGAACGUCAUGCUCACACGAUGUCGUCGAGGUCUCGUUAUCAUCACGAGCCGCAGUUUCCUCUCGGGCCCUGGCCAAUCGACUCUUGUUGGUAAACUAGCUCGUGGUAGAAACUGGACAGAAUGG